AUGUUGAACCGCCUCCUUCUACUCUUGCGCGCGGCUGGACACGUCUUACCGAGAGAUGGCGACAGCGUUGACCGGUACACUGUUUGUGGUCAAGAUCGUGGAUACACUGAGCAAGACUCGUUGGAAGCUGCGCAGUACUUGACGAACACUGUUGUGACAUCUGAUGCCUUUUCAAUGGCCAGACAUGAUUGCAUUUUUGCGCACGUCAACACGACUGUGGUCAGUCUCUGCAACGGCAGUCAGCGCAACCGCACCAUCAACCGCGACGAAGCUAGACGUGGUGUCGACCAACUCAUCAAAGACUGCGGUCUCAAUGGCGGCUUCACUGGUAUCCACGUCGUCAAUAACUUGACCUUCGCCGCCUAUGGUGUCGGAGGGAUCAGUCUAGCUCCUCCCGGUUCCAAUCCUCCUGAUGUUCCUGGAUCGAGGAAACGCUCGCUAGGGCGAUCCCUUUCCAGGCGCGACUGCGCGUGGGCUUACGACGGUGUUCCACACUUUGACUGUGACGCCAAAAACAGGCUGAAUGAAGAUGGAUCUUGUGGUGGUCAGAUUGUGCCUGAGAGCAACUGUCAGGCUUUCUGCGAGCUCCGCAGGACUGGUUUCCUUGGCCAUGAGGAACGAGCACCUGGCGAGGGAGGGAAUCAGAUGCUCCCAGGCGAAGCCAAAGAACUUGGUGGAGGUUUCGAGACCUCUAUUUCCAACGGCUUCUCCAUCGGUGUCGAGGGAAUUUUCAAAGAAGUCAUCGGUGCUGGUGUUAGCUAUGAAUGUGCGUAG